AUGGGCUCUACCCAGAAAGGCUCCAUGUCUCAGACAGCCAAGAUGUCUAAAGUCCCGAUUAAAGUUUCUACUUCUGUGCAUCGAGGGGCCGAGGUCAACAGUUCUUUGAGUCCCCAUCGAGGUCCUUCUUUUAUCAACCAGAGGGGUGCAGAUUUGUCCCAGAGCGUUUCCCCCCAACGUGGAAUGGAAAGCCGCCAAACUGCUGCCUCCCAAAGAGGGGUAGAUACCUCUCGACCUGCUUCCCCCCCCUGCGGGACUGAUUUCUCCCGAAAUUCCUCUCCCCAAGGGAAUGAAUCUGGUUAUAGCAGCCAAAGCCAUUCAAAGGCUGAAGCAAGCCGUCCUCGUUCACCUCACCGCAAAAGUGAGCAUAUCACAAUUUCUCCCCAAGGGCUUUCCCCACAAGGGAGAUCACAGAAAUUUGAUGCUCCUUCCCAUAGUAACACACCUAGGAUGCAAAGUCCACCAACACAGGACCAACCACGGAAAAAUGUGACUAUCCCAGGGCAAGAGGGCCAUCGCACAGAUGCCAAAAACCCUCCCCGGGCAUCCCAGAGCCAGAGGGAAGCAAGUCCUCCUUGGGAUGUGGACCCACCCUCCAAGGUUACAAACCCCCAAGGGGUCCGAAGCCCCCGAAGGCGGUUAAUUAACCCAAAGGAUGAAUGCACUCAGACUACGGUCUAUGUGGAGAGCAAACCUUCCUUGAAGAAACCUGUCAUUGCAGAGACCCAUACUACAAUAGUGGAGACCAAACCAGCCCAAAGGGUGCAAGAGGCUGAGGCAGGCCCCCGAAGCAUAAUCCAUGCAGAAGCUAAGGGAUCCCACAGAAACUUGGGGUCCGUAGCAGUAGAGUCAGCUGUCAAGGUCUCAUUCCGUAAGGAUCAUGAUCACGCCCAAAAAGCCAUGUGCCGGCUGGAAGUGCCUCAGGAGCCCGAGCCCGCAGUCAAGACCUCUGCUCGGGCAACACGGGAUCCACGCCGGGUCACCAUCCUAACAGAUCCGGAUGCGGCCUCGAGUCCUUGUCGCCAACAAACUGAACCCCCCAGUCACAAACCUCCAAUUUUAAGUUCUUCCCUUAAGCCAUCUCCUGGGGUUUCAGAGCAAGAACUGACCCCUCGUCCUUUACCACCCAGGUCUUUACCAAAGUACGGUCCCGAGUCUUCAUGGUGGAUCUUAUUCCACCCAGAACCUUCUGAACAACCCCCAAAGUGUCCUGAGAACUUCUUACUGCGGCCGGAACCUAGGCAGUCUCACCUAGACCUUUUCAUGUCCCAGAUAGAGAUAGCCUCGGCGUACUGUGAAGAAUUAAUCAUACAGAGGGAGAAGGCUACUUCUCCUGAACCCCAAUUUCUAACUAAGCCUUCAAAAGUGGCCUCAAGGGAUUUUCUGAAGACUGCUUUGCAGCCCUUGGAAUCACCUGCCUGCGUGGAGGAUGGAACCAUUCAAAGGUUUAGUGCUUUCUUCCUGGGUAUGUUCUGA